AUGCCUAAACUGGAGCAAUUUGAAAUCAAGAAAUACUGGCAGAUUUUCUCCGGGCUGAAGCCAGUAGAAAGUAAACUGACGCAUGACCAGGUACAACCUAUUUUGUUCAACUCGAAGCUGGACUCCUCUGUUCUCAACAAGAUCUGGUUCCUAGCAGACAUUGACGAUGACGAUAAUUUAGAUUUCGAGGAGUUUGUCAUCUGUAUGCGGCUCAUCUUUGACAUGGUCAACAAGAACAUCGACACGGUGCCAGACGACCUGCCGGACUGGCUAAUUCCUGGUAGUAAAGCAAAGCUCAACGCUCAGCGCAAGUCACAAGCCGAUUCGCCGGAGAUCUCAGCUGGCCGUAGUGCCAGUUCUGCAGACGAUAGAGGUGAAAAUACUGUCCACAAAGAUACAGCCCCUACGCCUGAACUCGAUUGGUACAUUUCUCCCUCCAACAAAUCGCUGUAUGGUUCAAUUUACGAAUCCUGCGACAAACUCACUGAUGGAACUGUCGCUUACGGUCCGCUAUCAACCGUUGUACGGUCAAAUUUUCCCAACGCCAGCUCCGCAGAGAUUGAUCGCAUGUGGGCGCUUGUGAAUCCUCGGAAUUCAAGUUCUAUCAACAAAGAUCCAGCAGUAUAUUUGAUCCACGCGCUGAAGCAAAAUCACGAUUUUGGAUGUGAGCUACCCACGGAGCUUCCUCACGCCAUCAGGGAUAUUUGCAAUCAACAACGGGUGUCUUACGAUUUGAAUUCAUCUCAAGCGGAUGUCAAACGCGCUUCCCCCCAGAACAGAGCAAGCGAUAUUCAUGUCACAACUAAAAAGAAUGACACCAAUAAUACCGCUGCUAAAGAUUCAGACGGGGAGGUAGCGCAAUUGAGGAGACAGUUGGCCAGUAUCAACGCCGGCUCACACGAUGCUGAAAGCUCCACUAUUGUAGCGGGGUCCGAUCCAAGUGUUGCCAGGAAACAAUUUGAGGAGCUAUAUAAUUAUCGCCAAAGUCAAGUCCUCAAUGCACAGCAUUCAUCUCGCGCACCAUUAGAUGUGAGAGGUAUAACAGAAGAUUUGGAAACUAUAGAACAGCAAGUAGGCGUUCUGGAGCAGUUUUUGGCCAAUAAGAAACAAGAGCUGUACCAGUUGCAGGCAGAAUCUCAGUCCUUCCGCGCAUAA